ACAUUACAGAAUGAUCAUACAGCUUGAUUGCACAGACCGGGGCCAUUUUGCAAGGCCUUCGUUUCCUGACAGAAUUGCCCCUCUAACAACUGCGUCCGGCUGUCUUGCUUAGGCGGCAUAAUCCAGUACUAUACCCAGCAUGAGACAGGCGCUUUUAACGGAUGCUUGAAGUGAGGGAUCGACUCGGGGCGGAAAGGGGCAAAGCUCGCUAGCACCCACACACGCAGAACACCGCUGCAUGCGCGCCGCUGGCCCCCAUCCCCUUGGCGCAAGGGGCGCCCGCUCGCAGCGGCAUGCGGCGGGCCCCCUUACGCCGCUUGAACUGAACGGCGACGUGGCACGGCACGCGUGGCGACAGCGUGCCAAGGCCCCUGCCCCCUGCCCGGCGCGUCCGAGGUCGCCCCUGCCGCUGCUGGGCCCGACCCGAGGCGCCGCCCCCGCCCCCGCCCCCGCCAUCAGCGGCCAACUGCAGCAGCUAGGCGGGGCAGCUCAAGACAAUGGCCCCGGCGAGAGCGUGGCAGUGGCCGCGCCCUUGAACCCGGCUGUCGCGCCUGCAUGCACCCUGGACGCCAAUGCAGCCACAUGCGCUGACAACUCGCCUGGCCUGCUGGGCAUGCCGGGCUGGCACUCGCCUGCCGACCUGGCGGGUUGGGCGGACGGCGUAGCGGCGCGCGUCCAGCAACUGCGGCUGCACAUGCUGAGCCUGCCUCCGGGCCUGCCCCUGCUUGCCGCGCUGCACGACCACGAGCUGCUGGUGCGCAGCUGCCGCCGACCCGCCCGCUACGUGGCGGACUUCCACCCCGCGGCAGCCUGGCGGGCGGCGGCGGCGGCGGCCGCCAGCAGGGUGGACGCGGCGGCGGCGCCGCUGUACGGCGGCUGCUGCGGCCAGCAGCUGUACGAGCACGUGUGCGCCAUGGGGCAGGCGCUUGCGCACGUGGUGGCGGCGGAGGCGGGGCGCGCGAAGGGGAAGGAUGGGAUGGACGGGACGCAGCAGGAGGGGCUGCCGGGGGCCGCAGAGGGACACCCCCGGGCGGGGCUGGCGCCAGACGUGGCACAGCUGGCGGCGGUGGUGGCGCGGCAGCUGCGGCAUGACCCCGCCUGGUCGGGUCUGGGGCCAGCCAGCCAGUGGCUGCAGCUGUGCCGGGUGCUACUGCCGCUCUUCCAGCAGCCCCGUGCGGCAGUGGCAGACACAAUAGCAACAGAGGCAUCGGCUGCUGCUAACGACGCCGAGCAUAGCAGUGCCAGCGCCGACACGGACCCUGGCACCACCGGUGCUAGCAGCCAUGACGGCGCCGACUCGCACGGCUCACUGCUGCGACUGCAGGCAGCUCUGGCGCAGUGCUCGGAGGCGCUGCGGCGGCUGGCGGAGGGCCGGCCGCCUGUGGCGCCGCGGCUGGCACUGCACCCGGAGCAGUGGGCCCUGCUGCGGCCCUGGCUGCCCCAGGCGUAUGUGGAGCAGGCGGACGCAGAGCUGAAGGCCAGGUCGGCUGCGGCGGGGGCGGAAGCGGCGGCGUUUGGGGAGGGGGCGGAGGCAACGCGUGGAGCUGGGGCCGAGGCCGGGGUGCGGGGCUUGGCAGCGGGGUCGCGGCGCCAGGUCCCAGCAGCCGCACCGGGCUCAGCGGGGCCAGCGGGCGACGGGCACCACCCGGCGGCAGGAGGGGCGGGGGCCGCGCGGAGGGAGGAGGGCGUGGGCGUGGCGCCCCAUGGAGGCGCAGUCAAAUGGGUGGAGUGGGUGUCUCCGAGGGAGCUGCUGCUGGCAGCCAGGUGGAGGGCGGCGCCGCCACCUGGCCCCUCCGCCAGCUCAGCGGCGUUCGCACCAGCGGCAGUGGCGGCGGAGGCUGUAGCAGGGCGCCAGUCUGGGCGGCCUGUGAGUCGGCCGCCGCGACUGCUACAGCUGCACGGCGGCGCCGCAGGUGGCGACGUGCCUGUGGAUCUGGAUCUGGAUGCGCUGCUGCUGGACUUCACGGAUGAGGCGUUGGAGCUGGCGGCGGAGCUGGCGGCGGAGGCGGCGGCGGCGGAGGAGGAGGAGCGCGGCGGCGAGGCAGGGCCGCGGCAGACAACCGGUGGCGACAGCAGCAGCAGCAGCAGCAGCAGGGGUCAGAGUAGCAGGAGCAGUGGCAGCAGGUCCGGAGCAGGCAGUACGGGUGGUGGUGUGCAGCAGCAGCAGCUGCCGCCGCUGCUGCCGGUGCUGGCCCUGACGCCUGAGGUGUCAGGUCGGCUGCUGCAGCUGCACCCCAACGAGGGCCUGAGGUGGCAGGUGUACCACUCCGGGCCGCUGCGGCAGGCGCGCGCGCUGCUCCGCGCCCUGGACGAGCUGGUGGCGCUGCGGGCGGCGGCGGCGGCGGCCCACGGCGCCGGCUGCUGGUCCGACCUGGCGCUGAGGCCCGGCGGCGGCGCGGGCGUGAGCGGCGGGCUGGGCGGCGGCGGGCUGGGCAGUGCCCUGGGCGGGCGGCGGGGUGCGGAGCGGCUGCUGCGUGACCUGGCGGCGGGGCUGAGCGAGUACGGCGACAGCGAGUUGGCCACACUGCAGCGCGCCCAGCGUCGCCGCGGCGGCAGUGCUGGCGGCGGCGGCGGCGCCCAGCUGGACCCCCAGUCGGACCCGCUGGACCCGUGGAACCUGCCGUACGUGCUGCAGGCGGCAGCGCAGGCGGCGGCGGUGUCACGCUACGACACGGGGUGGGGCGCCGCCUACGCCGACUACUUCGCGCCGCCGGGGCUGCUGCGAGGCAGCGACGCGCUGUGUCGGGCACUGUUCGGGCUGGGGCUUGUGGGACCUCUGCCGCUGGCGCCCGGGGAGGCGGCGGGCUGGGUACAGCCAGAGACGGCGGAGGAGGAGGAAGGGCAGGGUCGGCGGCGGCAGCGACAGCAGCAGCAGCAGCAGGCCAAGGGCAGCCAGCGCCCCGAUGACAGCGCUGAUGGCGGCAGCGACGGCGGUGGCGGCGGGCCGGGCGAGGGCGACAGGGGUGUGGGCAACGACGUGGUGCUCAAGGCGGAGGUGGUGUGCGUGGAGUCGGGCAGCACACUGGGGACGGUGUACUUCCACCUGCACGGCCGCCUGUCUGAGUUCCCCUUCACCACCCUGCUGCGGCACGGACCCUGUGGCGCAGCCGCCGCUCCCGCCGCUCCCGCAGCUGCCGCUGCUGUGGGCGGCGACCACGGUGACGGUGACGGAGACUGCGGCGGUGGUGGUGGCAGCAGCAGCCAGGUCCAGGUCCAGGGUCGUCAGGUCCAGGGUCGUCAGGUCCAGCCGCCGCAGCAGCAGCCGCCCUGCCCGCCCUCCCAGCAGGGGCCGGUGGUGCUGGUGCGGCUGCCGUACCGGGCGGAGCCGCGGUCCGAGUGCGGGGGGCCCGACAGCCCCUACUUCCUCAAGGCCUGGCUUCACGAGCUGGGACACGCGCUGCACCACAUCGCCUCGGCCGCGGCGGCACCCGUCACACACGCCUCCGCCGGCGCCUCGGCGCCCAGCGGCCCCUCCGCCACAGUGGCCACCUCCGCUCCCAGCCCCAGCCCCAGCCCCAGCCCCAGCCCCAGCCCCAGCCCCAGCCCCAGCCCCAGCCCCAGCCCCAGCCCCAGCCCCAGCCCCAGCCCCAGCCCCAGCGACCCCCACCGCCCCCAGCAGCCCCCUGGGGGCCGCCUGGCCCUGCUGAGCGGUGUGGCUGCGCCCCUGGACGUGCGCGAGGUGCCGGCGGCCCUGAUGGAGCACGUGCUGCGGCAGCCGGCGGCGCUGCGGCGGCUGGCGCGGCACGGGCGGCUGGACUGCCCGCUGCCGGACAGGGACUGCGCCCGGCUGGUGGCCCAGCUGGCGACGUGCUUCACCUCCACCGUCACGGAGCUGCAGUCGCUUGUGGCCGCGGCAUUGGCCGACCAACUCAUGCACGGCCCCCUCCCGAUCACCGUCACGGCCCCACUUGAUGCGGGACAAGACACCGCGGUGACAGCGCCAGCGGCAGGGGCUGCAGGGAGCGGCGGCAGGCGCGGCCCCGGACCCGGCCCCGCCCUGCGCGCGCACCUGGACGCACACGCCGCAGUCAGCUCCCUCACUGCCUACCACAUGCGGCAGCAGCAACAACAGCUACAGCCACAGCCGCCCUCGUCACAGCUGCAGCUGCCGCAACUACAGCCGCCGCUGUUGGUGCCUGGCCCGGACGUGCUCCACCACCUGGAGGCGGGGGCGGUGGUGGGCGGGGCGCAGUACGUGUACGUCCUGGCGCGACUGGUGGCGGCGGCGGCGUGGCGGGCGCACAUGGAGGAACAGGUGGCGAGCCUGGCUCUAAGCAGUGGCGGUGGUGGGCUGCCGGGUGGCGGCACAGGCCGCGCAGUGGGCGGUGGCGGCAGGACCGGCAGCGGCGGGCGGCUGGUGCGGCGGCGGCUGCUGGAGGCGGGGGCGCACGUGCCGGGAGUGGAGGUGCUGCGGGACCUGCUGGGGGCGGAGGCCUUCGUGCAGCUGCCGCCGUUGCCACAGGGGCUGCAGGCUGGGGAGGGGAGCAGCAGCGGAGGUGCAAGCGCCAUGGCCGGCGCGGUUGCGGCGGCGGGCGGGGACUCGAGUCUGGGUGCGGCGGCUUCCCUGGCGUGGGCUGGCGAGGAGUGCUGGGUGCCUGACCUGGGUGCGGAGGUGUUCCAGGACGUGGAUCUGCUGGGCUGACUGACAGACACACACAUGUGAGGUGCUGACAGACACACACAUGUGAGGUGCUGACACACACAUGUGAGGUGCUGACACACACAUGUGAGGUGCUGACACACACAUGUGAGGCGCUGACACACACAUGUGAGGCGCUGACUGACACACGCAUGAGGGGCUGACAGACUGACACAAUGAUAACAGACAAUCGGCUGACAGGCAUGGAGACAGAGGCCGCAUGAGAUGCCGCGGCUGUUGCGGUGUGUAACGUACGUUGGCUCCGGCGUCCGGACUGAUGCAGGCACGGACACAUGAUACGCGGCGCGUGCGCAGUGCCGGGGGACAUGCGUGUGAUUCACACCUGUCGCUGGGUGGACGACACCACAGCGAAUGAGCAGCUGGUCGUGGUUGAGGUCGGCCCGCCGUGUGAUCAAACCCAUACACGUUUUCCUUCUCCGCAGUGUCUGUUCCUGUGACUUCAGAUUGCGGUCUCUCACCCUUUUGCUGCGAUUUCUUGCUGCCGCAACUCUGUUGGUGACAGCACUCAACGGGGGAUCUGCGGAAGGCUGCGAAGGCUCACAGGCGUGUGGGGCAGCCGGGCCGGUACAGCUGGUUGCUGGCCGCGUGUGUUGAGACUUGGUGGUGCAUGGGUGCAAGGUCUUAGGCUGAGGCGGGGGGGGGGCACACCGGAGGAGCGUCACCUCAUUAGGUCAGC